AUGGAGACUCCAUCAUCUGAGAAGCCGAAUCUUUCGGAUGACGGGGCCGAGCCCCGAGUGAGCCACGGCACCGUCCUAGACGACGGUGUUGGUAACCUCACUUUUGAUCAGUACACGACUGGCGGCAUGGGCCGCCAUCUCGGCGUCGUCAGCACAACAUUUCUAAUUGUCGGUCGCAUCAUCGGAACGGGCAUCUUUUCGACUCCAUCCGCCAUUGUCGCUGGUGUCGGCAGCGUAGGCGCGUCGCUGAUGCUCUGGGUUCUGGGUCUCUUGCUGGCCAUUUGCGGUCUCUGCGUAUGGCUCGAGUUUGCAUGCAUGAUUCCGCGCAGCGGCGGCGAAAAGGUUUACCUCGAGGCUGCCUACCGACGGCCCAAGAUGCUCAUUACGACUGUUUUUGCGGUUCAGGCGAUUGCCUUGGGCUUUACAGCUUCGGGUUGCAUCAUUUUCGCCUCCAACAUUGUCAUUGCGGCCGGUCGGGUAGCGAGCGAAUGGGAGAAGCGCGGCAUUGCCAUUGGUGUCAUUGUCUUUGUCACUGUCAUCCAUACAUUCUUCCCCAAAGUCGGCGUGCACGGCAUGAACUUCUUCACCAUUCUCAAAGUCGUUCUCCUGCUCUUCAUUGUCAUAACCGGAUGGGUCGUGCUCGGCGGCGGCGUUUCCAGCGUCCAGGAUCCCCACGCCAGUUUUCGCAACGCCUUUGCAAACUCGGCGCAAAACAGCAAUCCCUACGCGACUGCGCUUUUCAAAGUACUCAACUCUUAUGCGGGAUGGUCGAAUGCCAUGUACGUGCUCAACGAAGUCAAGAAUCCCGUGCGAACAAUCAAGAUUGCUGGUCCUCUAGGUCUCUCCAUCUGCGGCGUCUUAUAUCUCCUUGCCAACGUGGCCUACUUUGCCGCUGCGACGCCUCACGAGGUUGCGGAGAGCGGAACCACCGUCGCCGCCUACUUCAUGGGCAAAGUCUUUGGCGUCGCGGCCAAGCGCGCGCUCAGCGUCCUCGUCGCCUUGUCUGCCCUGGGCAACGUCAUGACGGUUACAUUUGCGCAGGCCCGCGUCAACCAAGAACUGGCCAAGGAGGGCGCCGUACCCUUUGCCCGCUUCUGGGCGUCCAACUGGCCGUUUGGCUCACCCUCGACCGGACUGAUCCUCCACUUUAUCCCAUCCUUUAUCGUCAUUGUCGCAAUUCCCUUUGGAAAUGCCUACAGCUUCAUCCUCGACUUGGAAGGCUAUCCCGGCUCCGUCAUCAACUUCCUUGUCGUCGUGGGUCUCUUCUAUCUCCGCUACAGCGAGCCUGACGCGCCCCGUCCCUUCAAGGUGUGGUACCCGGUGGCCAUCUUUUUCAUGCUCGGCCAGGCGUUCCAACUGGUGGCACCGUUUCUCCGCCCACCGGGAGGCAUUGGAGAUACACCACCGCUGCCAUACUGGCUGUACUGUGUCGUGGGAAUCGCGCUCCUGCUCGCGUCCGUGGUGUACUGGUAUGUCUGGUGGGUAGCUGCGCCAAAGAUUGGAAAGUACGAGCUGGUGCCGCAGAACGAGCCUCUGGAAGAUGGUACAAACGUAAUUGUUUAUCGCCGUGUACCCAAGAAAUUUCAGGAUUCAUAA